AUGAAGUUUUAAAUCUUUUUAAUUAUUUCAUAACAAUUCCUUUAUUUUGCAUCAUCAGCUUGUGUUGAUGAAACUAGAACACCUAUAAAUAUUGGCAAAAUAUAACCUUGUCCAUUUUAUGAUAAUAAACCAGUCUGUUGUAGAUAAGAUAAUAUAGACUAAAUGAUAUCAAAUUAUCGUUCUAUUGAUGCAACAUUUGGUUAAGAUGGAGGAGGAUGUGAUAUGUAAUAUAAUAUUCAAGAUUAUUUAUUAGAUGUGGAGCUAAUUUGAAACGAUUUUGGUGUAUUUAUACUUGUGAUCCAGAUCAAACUAAUUUCAUGAAAUAUACAGGUCGAGCAAAUGUUACAGAUCCAGCAAAUAAAAAUAAAUUAAUUGAAGUCUAACUUGUAUCCCUUACAACUAAACCUUAAGUUGCAUGCGUAAAAUUAGAGAAAUAUAUCAUUUAGGAAGUGUAUUCUUCAUGUUCUCGUACAUCAUUUGUUAAUCAAGUUUCUGCUAUGCAAUCUCCUGGAGGAUUCUUCAAUUUCUUAGGAGAAUAAGCAAUGUAUUUCCAUUCAUUAUAUAUUUAGUACACAAGGACAAUAAUUUAUCACAUUUGAGUUUUCAGAUUAUGACUCUAUGAUUAUGGAUGACACUUGGAUGUGUAAUCAUAAAUCUAAUAUUACAACAGUGGAUGAUAAAGGAGUAAUUCAUUAUUGGGAUUAAUAUGGAUAUGAAAUUAAAUAAUAAUGUGGAUGUAAUACUUUUGAAGAGAGUUGUGAUGCAAAUUAAAUUUUAUACAAACCCACUGGAGUUUUAUAUGGAUUUGAGACUACUUAUGUACUAUUUACUUGGUUAUUUGUAAUAUUAUUUGCACUUGGUAUUACAAUAAUCAGAAAAUAUCAACAGAAUAAAAAAGCUAUUGAAAACUUAGAUAUUGGUUUAAUUACAAGUUGA